CGGCGGCGCCGGCCCUUCCCCUGCGAGCCGCCGCCGUAGGAUGAAGCAGCAUGAGGAUGUGUGACAGAGGCGUCCAGAUGCUCAUCACCACGGUGGGAGCCUUCGCAGCCUUCAGCCUGAUGACCAUCGCGGUGGGCACCGACUACUGGCUCUACUCGCGCGGCGUGUGCAGGACUAAGUCCACCAACGACAACGACACGAGCCGCAAGAACGAGGAGGUGAUGACCCACUCGGGGCUCUGGAGGACGUGCUGCCUGGAAGGAACCUUCCGAGGAGUGUGCAAGAAAAUCGACCACUUCCCCGAGGACGCGGAUUACGAGCAGGACACGGCCGAGUAUCUCCUCCGUGCGGUGAGAGCCUCCAGCAUCUUCCCCAUCCUCAGCGUGGGUCUGCUCUUCUUCGGUGGCCUGUGCGUGGCGGCCAGCGAGUUCUACAAGAGCAAACACAACGUCAUCCUCAGCGCCGGCAUCUUCUUCGUCUCGGCAGGUCUCAGUAACAUCAUCGGGAUCAUCGUCUACAUCUCGGCCAACGCGGGGGACCCAGGGCAGAGCGACUCCAAGAAGAGCUACUCCUACGGCUGGUCCUUCUACUUCGGCGCGCUGUCCUUCAUCAUCGCCGAGAUGGUGGGGGUGAUCGCCGUGCACAUGUACAUCGAGAAGCACCGCCAGAUCCGCGCCAAGUCGCACUCGGAGCUGCUGAAGAGGUCGGCCUUCACGCGCCUCCCCACCUACCGGUACCGCUUCCGCCGGCGGUCCAGCUCCCGCUCCACUGAGCCGCGGUCCCGGGACAUGUCGCCCGUCAGCAAGGGCUUCGGCACCAUCCCCUCCACUGACAUCUCCAUGUUCACCCUCUCCAGGGAUCCCUCCAAGGUCACCAUGGGGACGCUGCUCAACUCCGAGCGGGACCACGGUUUUUUACAGGUCCAUAAUUCCAUCCCCAAAGAGUUCAAGGAGUCUUUGCACAACAACCCGGCCAACAGACGAACCACGCCGGUCUGAGCGGGGCCCCGCCGCCGGGCAGCGUGCAGAGGCGCUUUGUCAGGCUGCAUGACAUGAUCCUCGUGACGGUGUAACCCGUGAAACCCCGUUUUUAAGGACAACCCCAGCAGGCUCCCCGUGCCCCUGCCCCAGAGGGGCUGGGUCUCUCUCCCGAGCCACCCACCCGGCUGCCCCGUGGCCGGGCUGGGACUGCCGCCCGCCCCCGGCACCGAGGGCACCGCGCUGCGCCGCGUCCCCGGCCACGGCGCCCCCGAAGACUGGCUGGGGGCUUCCCAAAGUCACCAUCGUUAAUGUUGAUAAUAACCGCAGUGUUACCUUAGCUGUAUGUCCCCAUGGAAAUGCUGGCGACAGCCCUGUCUGUGAGAAUCCCCAUCCGGUAGUUACAUUUAAGCGAAACUGCCUGGAAGUCCGGAGUGUGAAGCACUGAGUGGGUAACGUAACGAUGCUCGUGUUCCUGAAACCAUGUCCCCUGUUGUGAUGGAUGGAGUGCUCGAGCUGGGUUUCUUUAUGGCGUUUCGUGCAUGCAUUAAAUAGCUUGGAAUUCAAUUUUGUCAUGUCGGGUUGGAAGAAACAUCCUUUUGCAAUUUUCUGUGGUCUUGAAAGGGCUUCUUUCUUUCAUUCCUUCCUUCCUUCCUUCUGUCUUUCUUUCUUUCCUCCCUCCUUUUGGUGCAUUCUGACCAUGAAAGGACUCAGGAGCAGAAUUCCUCGAAUGACUGGUAGCAAUUAGCCAGCAUUUAAUUAAUCUCUAAUGUUGCAAGAAAAUGAAAUAACUCCCUAAAAUUAAUACACGUGCAGCCACAGGAUGCUGUCUGGGCAAAUCGAGAGGCAACGCUUGACCCGGUGGUACUUCGGGAGAAGCUGAGUUGUGGCUGGGCCUCUGGCUAUGGUUUGUAUGCUGAUGGUGUAUGAUUCGAUAAUCAACAUGACCACGAGAUUGAUGAGAAAAAUAACAAUAAAAUUGUCCAAGUUUGGCAAGCAA